AUUUUGACCGACCGUAUCAAACACGGCUCAACCACAACGGGUCGGGGCAAAAUCAUAACGGGUCCAACGAUCAAAAUUAUGACAACUUAGGCACGCACUGUCGUCGUCGUGACAGAAGCAUUGUAAUAAAUUCCAGCAUUUCCGCUUCUUCUUCCCAGAUCUCGUGCGCAAUUCCAUAGCCAAAACCCACCAAAUUCAAAAACAAAAACAAAACGACGCCGUUUAAUCAACGAUCAGUUUUGUGUUUCAGGGAAGUGGAAUUAGGUUAAAGUGAUUUUUUGUGUGUAGAAGAAAAAUGCAGCACGCUCCGGCUACGAUUGAGGAGCAAUUGAUAUUGAAAGCGAUCAAGGAAGAAUGCCCGUGGGAAAACCUCCCGAAACGACUUCAAGCAACGCUUUCUUCUAAGGAAGAAUGGCAUAGAAGGAUAAUUGAACAUUGCAUAAAGAAAAGACUCCUAUGGAAUACUUCUUUUGCUCGCAAAAUAUGCAAAGAAAGUGAAUAUUAUGAAGAUAUGAUGCGUUACUUGCGAAAGAAUCUAGCGCUAUUUCCCUAUCACCUUGCUGAGUAUGUUUGCCGUGUGAUGAGGAUAUCACCUUUCAGAUAUUACUGUGAUAUGAUAUUUGAGGUUAUGAGAAAUGAGCAACCUUAUGACAGCAUCCCAAAUUUCAGCGCUGCUGAUGCUUUGCGGCUUACAGGAAUUGGAAGAAAUGAAUUCAUUGAUAUCAUGAACAAGUGCAGAUCUAAGAAAAUUAUGUGGAAGCUGAACAAGUCAAUUGCAAAGGAAAUGUUACCUACACAACCUGUAGAUUUUGCAAUUGAACCAUGGUGGGGAGUUUGUCUUGUAAACUUUACUCUUGAAGAAUUUAAGAAACUCUCAGAAGAAGAAAUGGCAACAAUUGAUAAAGUCUGUAAGGAGGAAGCAAAUUCAUUUAUUUUGUUUGAUCCUGAUAUUGUAAAGGGUCUCUUCAGACGAGGGUUGAUAUACUUCGAUGUCCCUGUUUAUCCUAAUGACCGUUUUAAAGUUUCCAGGCUUGAAGGGUUUGUUUCCAACAGGGAGCAGUCCUAUGAAGAUCCUAUCGAGGAGUUGCUGUAUGCAGUUUUUGUUGUUUCAAGUGAGAAUGCAACUGUUGCUGAAUUGGCAACAACUCUACAGGCUGACCUUUUGCAGCUGCAGGCUGCUGCAUCUUUUGCAUGUCGACUGGGAUGGGCAGUAAAAGUAAUUGAUCCAGCAUCUGUUCUUCAAGAUACAAGCAUUGCUAGCUCUCUUAGGGCUACUCUUAGUGAUGAAGAUGGUUCUAGUGCUAGUCUAGACUCAGCAAACAUUUUUGUUGAUGGUGAUGUUGCUCAACAAGGAGAUGUUUUGGAGAAAGAAAACAAUGGGCCCAUUUCUGCCAAUGCUCGUGUUGCUUUUGUGGUUGAUGCUAAUAUAACAUCCUAUCUUAUGAUGGGGUCUGUUUCACCAGGCUUAAAAUCGCAUGCUGUAACACUAUAUGAAGCAGGAAAGUUGGGUCAUGCUAGCAUUGCUGAUCUCUGCAAGGAUCUGAGUACGUUAGAGGGAACAAAAUUUGAGGGAGAAUUGCAGGAAUUUGCAAAUCAUGCAUUCAGCCUCCGUUGCGUUUUGGAAUGUCUGCUAUCUGGUGGAGUUGCUACCGAUGCCAAAGCAGAAGAAGUUUGUGAUAAGAUGGAUAUGUUAGCUUCAAGCAAUGAUGAGGCCACUUUGAUAGCUGACAUCACUUUGACUGACAAAUCAGGAAAUUCUGCUACAAAUGAAGCUAGGCUGGAUAAAGAAGAUUUGGUUAGUUCAGGGAUGCCCCAUGAGGAUUCUAUUUCAACAGAACCUGCUACUGGAAGUGCUGAUGAUGAAAUAUUUUCUGCUACCUCGAGUGAGGUGUCUAACACAGAUCCAGAUUUCCAGAGUGAUGAGAAAAAGAUUCUAUUUGAAGGGUCAGAUGCUGGAAGAGAUCCACUGAAGAGGAAAAAGAAAUAUCGUGUGGAUAUUCUUCGCUGUGAAAGCUUGGCUUCUCUUGCAUCAGCAACUUUAAACCGAUUAUUUCAUCGUGACUAUGACAUUGUUGUGUCCAUGGUUCCUCUUCCUCCUUCAUCAAUUCUUCCUGGACCGACAGGUCCCAUACAUUUUGGUCCUCCCUCUUAUUCAUCUAUGACACCUUGGAUGAAAUUGGUGCUAUAUUCAACUGUGGCUAGUGGGCCUCUAUCUGUUGUUCUCAUGAAAGGACAAUGUCUACGGUUGCUUCCUGCACCAUUGGCUGGUUGUGAGAAAGCCCUUAUAUGGUCUUGGGAUGGUUCUACGAUUGGAGGGUUGGGAGGGAAGUUUGAAGGCAAUCUAGUCAAGGGAAGUAUACUUUUACAUUGUUUAAAUUCACUUCUUAAACACUCAGCUGUGCUGGUACAGCCCCUCAGCAGGUAUGAUCUUGAUCGAUCUGGAAGAAUCAUGACCAUGGACAUUCCGUUGCCUCUAAAGAAUUUUGAUGGUUCAAUUGCUCAUGUGGGGAAGGAAUUGGGGCUGCGUGAAGAGGAAAGUUUGAAACUGAACUCUCUGUUAACUGAUUUGGCAAACAAGAUAGAGUUGUUGGCAGUUGGUUACAUUCGCCUAUUAAAACUUUUUAAAGAAAGAGAAGCUGACCACUUUUCUCCUGAUGAUGAGAAGUAUGAAUGGGUCCCAUUGAGUGUGGAAUUUGGGAUGCCACUUUUUAGUCCAAAAUUGUGUAACAACAUAUGUAGAAGGGUGGUAUCAUCGCAAUUACUUCAAACAGAUUCACUUAGUGAGCAUCAUGAUGCAAUGCAAAAUUUACGGAAAAAGUUGCGUGAUGUUUGUGCAGAGUACCAAGCAACAGGUCCUGCUGCAAAACUUCUUUACCAGAAAGAGCAAGCAAAGGAAUCAUCUCGACAACUCAUGAACUAUGCUAGUGGUAGAUGGAAUCCGCUUGUUGACCCUUCUUCUCCCAUUUCAGGAGCCUUGAGUGAGCAUCAGAGACUAAAACUUGCUAAUCGGCAACGUUGCCGAACCGAAGUUUUGAGCUUUGAUGGUAGCAUUCUUAGAUCAUAUGCUCUAACUCCUGUCUAUGAGGCUGCCACAAGGCCCAUUGAAGAAGCACAUACUGUGAGUUCAGUAAAAGUUGAACCGGAUGAAGUUGACAGCAGAGAAGUAACCCUUCCUGGUGUUAAUCUUAUUUUUGAUGGUUCUGAGUUGCACCCCUUCGAUAUAGGUGCCUGUCUGCAGGCUCGUCAACCUGUCUCCUUAAUAGCAGAGGCUGCAGUGGCCUCUGCAUCUGUUACAAUUAAAUAGGGCUUUAUGCUACAAAAUUUGCUCCGGAACAUAGAAAAAUUUGUCCCAAUGCUAGCAGUUAGCAAUAUCCUGUUCUUCAUGGCCAUCAUAUUCAGGCUUCCUCUAAGGUCCAAGGUGUUUGUUUUCUACUCAACACUGUCAGAUUGUGGAACUUCGGUUUAUUAUUUACAGUGGGGCUAUGGUUUGUCCAUAUAUCUUUCUGAAAUAGGACAUGGUGUCAUAGUUUCACUGAUAUGCUCUCCAUCUUUAAAAAAAAAAAAAAAACUUAGCUUUGUGAGCACAUAAUUACAGGGAGAAGAGUAAUACAGCCAAAUGAGGUGGUUUAGUACCUGAUUGUGAUUAUUGUUGUUGCUUAUUUUUUGGUUGGGCCGGCUAUUUAUCAAACUUUAAUGAAUACAAUUAUCUCUUUCUUUUUUGGUUGGGCCAACUAUUUAUCAAACUUUAACGAAUACAACUCUCUCUUUCUCUCUCUCUCUCUCUCGUUGUGGUGUGAUGCUACUUUAGCCAUUACAAGCUAAUCAGAACCUGUUGUUCCAUUAUAAAGCUGUAGCUGUGCUAUACUAUUCUGGCCCAAAAACAAAUGAAAAAGAGGUCAGUUGUCUUGUCGAUGUGGAUUUGGCUUAAGGUGAUAAUCUGAUAAAUUUCUUUUACAAGGUCGUUGAUAAAGGCUUGAUAGUUGAAACCACCACUAAGAUAUAGGAUUUAAAAUAUAAUUUACCAUCUUUUUAAAGUGAAAUGGACCGACAAACCAAAAUAAAGUGAAUUAACUUAUUCAUUAUUUUUGUUGAUAUUUUUGCAUUAUUAUUGUAUAUCAUAGUUUAUAAUAAAUGAUAGAGGACCGGUAAAGUUUAAAAACAAAAAUAAUAUGAUAUAAUCUCUCAAAAAAAAAUGAUAUAAAAUUAAAAAAAGAAAAGAAAAGAAAAUAGUAAAAAUAUUUUAAUGAAAGGGUUCGAGAUGCAGAUUAACAACAUAUUGUAAUAAUUUUUUUUUAAAAAAAAUCUCAACACAAAAUUUAAUAAAAUUUGGCCCCUAAUCUUUUGUUAAUGUAUCAAAAUAAUCUUUAUCCUGAUGUGGUGAUGAGAGAUAUUGAUAUACUUAAUGACCCAAAUAAAAUAUUAUUUUUAUGCCACAUGUACAGUCAUGUCAGCCAAUAAAAAAAAAAACUGAUAAGUAUCAAAAACCCUAACCUCUAGCACGAACGAUUUAGUGAAUCACUAAGCUCCUUAAGCCUUCACUAUUCCCUAACAGAGACAUCGGUGAAUGACAGUGAGGAACGGCAGCGACGCCCGGAGGUGAUUCCCGACGGUGAUGCCGAUUUUGGUAAUCAACUAUUUUUUUUCUGCAUCUCCUAUAACAUCAUUCUUACAAUAGCAAAUGAUCACGAGGAGUUGUGGAUACAAAACAGAGUUUUGGCAGGCUUGAGAGAGAGAGAGAGAGAGAGAGAUGUCGAGUGGGUUUCUGAGGAGGACGGAGAUAGAGGGGAGAGGGAGAGGUCUGGUGGCGUCUCAGCCACUGAAGGCUGGCGAAAUGUUAGGAAUCAUGGCAGAUGUGGAGGAUACAGAAAGUGAGUUUGUAACGUUUCCAUUCUACAACCGACCCUUUCCUGAUAUCGAAAAUGAAAAUGAACCAGUGCUACCUGUCAAAAAAUUUACUGACUUUGGCUUACCUGACUUGGAUAUCAGCGUUCGCCCUCCACCACCAUGGACCCUCGCCUCGGAGCUUUCUGAGCAGAAAAGAAUUGAUUUUACCACCCAUGCACGGUCGAUGUUAGAUCAUUACAACAAAACUAAGGGUACAAAUUUUGAAUUUGUGAGACUUGUGAAGGUGCAGACAUACUUGUACGUAGGAGAUGAUCAUUAUAUUCGAUUCGAGGCCAAGCCCAGCGGUGCUGCUGACCACACUCUGAAAAAAUUUGAAGCUGCAAUAUACGAGCGGCUUUAUCCUACUCGUGAAGUUUUUCCCCUUACUUGUGGAAUGCUUGUCCCCAAGCAAUGAGUAGUUGUAUCCUACUCCACUUCUCUCUAAAUAAAUUCAAGAUUAGCUUAAUCUUUGUGCUUGGGUCUGUUGGAUCUUAUUUUAUUGUAGUGACAGUUCUGUUUUCUGGUUUUAUUCCAGCGUAUAAUAUGAUAUAACAUUGCAAAUUUGAAUAUAAUCAAAAUUAUUUGUGUCUC